CCUAUCCACCAAAUCUCACCCCUCAAAAUCCCCACCAAAUCUCACCCUCCAGGCCUCCAGCGUACUCCAAUUCCAAAUCCGCCAUGCCGUCGUUGACAUCUCCUUCCCUCCUCUCCUCCCCGCUUCCCUCCCGCGCCACCCUCGUCUCCAACAAGCCGUCCCUACGGCCUUCGCCGCUCGCCGUCUCGGCGGCGAGGCGGGGACUCCGGUUGGUGGCGGCUGCCGCGGCGGCACCGGCCUCCGCCCCGCCGGUGCCGGCACAGCGGGCCCAGCCUUCGGCGGCGGAGGUGGCCCGGACGGUGGCGGAGCUCGCGCCUUCCGGGACGCUCUCCGUCGUGGGAGCCGACGGCUGGCCGCUCGGCGUCGGCGCUCGCUUUGUCGCGGACGCUGCCGGCGCGCCCGCGCUUUGCCUUGCCACGGCGGGGGUCGUCGGACCGGAUGCACGGUCCAGCUUCCACGUCGAGUUUCGGCAAAGUGGAGCCAGGACACCACAAUGCACUUUUCUUGGUGUCUUGACUAAACCUAGUGAUGAAUAUGAGUUGAAGAAGCUUUCUACUAGGUGGGAAAGGAAAUUUGGGGAGGAGAUAGAUGAAGAUCGUUUGUAUUUAAUAUCUGUAGACCGGAUCUUGCACAUGGAAGAUUUCACUGAGGACCGCGUGUGGGUUGUCCCGUCAGAAUACAGUGAUGCUGAACCUGACCCUCUUCGAAAUUUUGCUGAAAGCAUUGUCGAGGAAAUGAACAGUGAACAUGCUGAAGAUGUUCAUAGGAUAUACAACAUUUACACUGAAUCGGAUAUUCAGGCGAUGGAUGUGAAGAUGAUUUGGGUAGACAGGCUGGGUUUUGACUUGCACGUUCGUUCUGAGGAAGGCAUCUUCGCUGUUCGGAUCCCUUUCUCGAGGCAGGUCUCUGAUGAGAAGGCGGUGAAAUCAUCGUUCAACAUGAUGUCUCAUCAUGCGUGGGAGGUAGAGAAGAGUUAUGCCGCCCCAGAGUUUGAGAAGGUACACUUCUUGAAGAAGGUCAGAUAGGUGGUGUGAUUUCUAUAGCGCCGUAUCCUACCUCCAUGGUCAGUACAUUUUGUCAUUCAGAUGAGCAUACUUGCGAAAUCCUCUAUUUCUUGACACAUAUCAUGUAACUUGUGUGAGUUUUUCCGUUCUUUUUUUUCCUCAUAUGUACCAUAGAUUAGAGCAAUGAAUUUAGACUGUAAUUUUGAAUAUUACAGCUGGCUUCUUCACCAUUGCUUCAGAUGUAACUGUUAGAUGAGAUCAAACCAAAUUAUGUUCCAUAUAUAUUGUCCUUCCUGUUAAUACCUUGCUAGUAUUUCAUCUGUAAUAUGUAAAAUACUACCUAGUCAGAAUGCGAUUUGUGUAGUUAUUUUGUAAA